CCUUCGCGGGCUUCUUCCACUGCACCGGAAAGGCGCCACUCUGAAUAUCAGUCCUCUAAACGGUGAUUUCUGCCUUCGCCGGGAAUAAGUAUAUUCAGACAUGUGUACGCUACAUGUAUAAAAAGGAUCAGCUUCUGGAAGAUACGGCUAGCGGGUUCUUGUCACCGGUAUGCAUCCUUUCCCACUUCCAUGUAUCCCGGUUAACUAAUGGGUUGUGUCAUUGGAAAGCCGUCAACACGAAGUGAUCGACGGAGCGUUGCUGGGGAUUCGCCCCUCAGCACUCGUCGCCGGAGCUCCGAUGAGGGGUCGAUCAUUAUUACCGUCGCUGGUGGGGCUGACGCUGUUGGGGAUAGGAAAAGACUGGGGAGACAACAGCAGCAGAAAGCGAGACAUACCGGGAAUUUUCCGGUGAAUGGUCUGGGUCCAGAGCGUCGGAGGUUGUCUCUGGAGGUGAACCAGCAGGGGUGGCCAUCAUGGCUUGUCGCUGUCGCCGGCGACGCCAUUCGUGACUUGACCCCUCGUCGUGCUAAUACUUUCGAGAAACUCGACAAGAUUGGGCAAGGGACUUACAGUAAUGUGUACAAAGCCAGGGAUCGUCUGACUGGGAAGAUAGUGGCAUUAAAGAAGGUUAGAUUUGAUAAUUUGGAGCCAGAAAGUAUCAAGUUCAUGGCUAGAGAGAUUCUAGUGCUGAGGAGGCUUGACCAUCCAAAUGUAGUUAAGCUUGAAGGUUUGGUUACUUCUAGGAUGUCUUCUAGUCUCUACUUGAUUUUUGAGUACAUGGAGCAUGAUCUUGCCGGACUUGCUGCCUGCCAAGGUAUCAAGAUCAGUGAGCCUCAGGUGAAGUGCUAUAUGAAGCAGUUACUCUCUGGGCUUGAACAUUGCCACAACCGAGGUGUAUUGCACCGUGAUAUUAAGGGUUCUAAUUUGCUAAUUAGCAAUGAAGGGAUUCUAAAAAUUGCUGAUUUUGGAUUGGCUACCUUCUUUAAUCCUGAUCAUAAGCAGCCUCUGACUAGUCGAGUUGUCACUCUCUGGUACCGACCGCCUGAACUUCUUCUUGGGGCCACAUAUUAUGGUGUUGGUGUGGACCUCUGGAGUGCUGGCUGCAUUUUGGCAGAGUUGCUAGCUGGGAAGCCAAUAAUGCCAGGAAGGACAGAGGUUGAACAACUACACAAGAUAUUUAAGUUGUGUGGCUCUCCCUCUGAGGAGUACUGGAAGAAAUCGAAAUUGCCAAAUGCAACACUCUUUAAGCCUCAGCAGCCAUACAAACGCUGUAUAGCAGAAACCUUUAAGAAUUUCCCGCCUUCAUCUAUACCUCUAAUUGAAACUCUUCUAUCCAUAGACCCUGCUCAGCGAGGCACUGCCACUGCAGCUCUGAAUAGUGAAUUCUUCACCACUGAACCAUAUGCUUGUGAGCCAGCAAGUUUACCAAAGUAUCCUCCUACCAAAGAAAUGGAUGUCAAAUUGAGAGAUGAAGAAGCAAGGAGACAAAAAGGUCUAGGUUGUAAAGCUAAUGCAGUUGAUGCUGCCAAAAGAGUUAGAAAUCGUGAACGUGCUGGGCGGGCAACUGCAGCCCCUGAAGCAAAUGCAGAAAUUCAAGUGAACAUAGAUAGGUGGAGAGUAAUGGCACAAACAAAUGCUAAAAGCAAGAGUGAGAAAUUCCCACCUCCCCAUCAAGAUGCAGCGGUUGGACAUCCACAAGAUUCAUCACACAAAGCCCAUGUAUCAUUUGGCACAACAGGCACUUCUUUCAGCUCAUCAUUUUUCAAUAACAAGUCACCUGGAUUUGCUAGUAGUGGUGGAGCUCCAGGAGGCCCUUCCAGGAGGAGGAAACCCAAUAAAGAAGACCCCAAAAGGGCUCCAUCCCGAAGUUUCAUCCAUGGUCUGAAGUCAUCCGCAAUAGUGCUAUCAAUGGACAUGCUAUUUAGGGGUAAAUCCGAGGUCUUUGGCAGCCAUAAAUAAAGAUACAAGUGUUUAUACAUCUUCUAUAGAUACAUAUAUUUCUGAGAAGUAGGUAUUCAGUUGCAUUUUUCCCAUUUGUUUUUCCUGAGUUGUUGGUAUAAAUAACUGGUGUAUAGCCUGAAACCCCAUCAACUUAGAUGAAUGAUCUGCAAAAGGAAUUCCACUUUUUGUUGUGUAUAUAUAUAUAUAUAUAUAGAGAGAGAGACUCUAGACAGGUUUCAGAAUCUUUUCAAUGAAAUUAUUAUUUUAUU